CUCGCCGGGCAGCCUCCCUCCCUCCCGCCCUCUUCCCCUCUCCCUGCAGCAGCGUCCCUUACUGCGCCGCCCGGGCAGCCCAGAGCGCGGCGCGCAAGGGCACGGGAGCCAGGGGCCGCGCACCUCGGGGCCGCGGCGGGCCCGGGUCCAGGCUCGCACCGGCGCUCUCCAGCCGGGACCCAGCUCCAACAGCCAGCAUCCCGAGCCCGGCCCCUCCACGCAUCCCCCUCGGCCCAGAGCGAGGAUGAGCGCCCGGGGCCAGGCACCCAGUCGCCACUCAACUUUGUAAAGACAUGAUUGGAGGAGUGUGUCUGUGCGGAGCGGGGACAGCGAGCUGAUGCCGAGAGUCGGCCCGCUGCCCUGCCUCCUCCUUCCCGGGCCGCGGCCGUCGCAGCCGCCGCGCGCGCACACACGACCAUCGGGCCGCGUUUCCGCGCUCCGGCCCCGGGCUUGGAUGCGAGUUUUCAUUUCCGAAGGAGGCAGAGCCCGCGUGGAGCGCUGAGGGGCUCAGCCCCCCACCCGUUCGUCGCCAGUGCUGUCACGCGCGGGCUGGCCGGGAGAAGGGACUCACGCGCCCAGCUUUGUUGUGGAAAUCCGGUUACCUGACUUAUCUCCUAUCCCAUGGAUAAAUUACUUGAGUUGCCCUGAAAGAAUCAGUCGUGCCAUUGGAUCUUGACCGUCUUGGCCUUAGGGCUUUCACAAUGAAUGGAAGGUCAUGUGGCAUGAGUCUCCAUCGGACAGCAAGAACCCCACAGGGGCCUGGGUUGCUCAGUGGUCAACAUAUUCCUCCCAUCAGAGCCCACUCAGGCCCUCCGGGCCCCUCGUCCUGUGCCAGCACACCCAGCCCCACUUUUGGAAAUCUAGCUAACAACCUCCAUCUCAAGAUGUCCUCCGGAGCAGGGAUGGCUCCUCAGAGCAACAUGGCCGUGAGCCCCAUCCAUCUGCCUGCCCUGAGCCCCAGGAGACAGUUACUCACCAAUGGCAAGCCUCAGUUUCAGGCCACUCAGACGGGGGGCAUGGCACCAUCACUUACUGUAAAACCCAAACAUCAAGAAUUUGGAGACCCCUUUUCUUCAAAUCCCGAGAAAGGGGCUCUUGGCUUUGGGCCUCAGUGCAAGUCCAUUGGAAAAGGCAGCUGCAACAAUCUAGUGCUCACCAGCAGUCCCAUGAUGGUUCAGCGACUGGGACCCAUUUCACCUCCAGCAAGCCAGGUCUCCACAGCACGCAAGCAGAUCAGUCCUAGCUUACCGAGGGCAGUGAAUGCAGCCAACCUGAAUAGACCUCCUUCAGAUUCCAGGUCCCUUAUUUUGCAAGAGUCUCUGGUGUCCACGACUUUGAGUCUGACCGAGAGUCAAUCGGCCUUGAGUGUGAAGCAAGAGUGGUCUCAGAGCUACAGGGCUUUCCCUUCACUUUCAUCCAACCACGGCUCGCAGAAUGGCAUGGACCUAGGGGACCUCCUUAGCUUGCCCCCUGGCACGCCAGGGUCCAGCAGUAGUGUCUCUAACUCUUUACCACCCUACCUUUUUGGCAUGGAAAAUAGUCACUCCCCUUACCCUAGUCCUCGGCACUCAGCAACCAGGUCCCACUCCACCCGCUCCAAGAAGAGAGCGCUGUCCUUGUCCCCGCUGUCCGAUGGCAUUGGGAUUGACUUCAACACUAUCAUCCGUACUUCGCCCACAUCCUUGGUUGCCUACAUCAACGGAUCAAGAGCCUCCCCUGCCAACAUGUCUCCACAGUCCGAGGUCUAUGGGCAUUUCCUGGGUGUUCGCGGCAGCUGCAUCCCCCAGUCUUGUGCAGUAUCCAGUGGGCAGAAAGGCGUGCUGGUGGCCAGUGGAGGACAGGCGCUGCCAGGCUAUGGCGAGGAUGGCACGCUGGAGUACGAGCGCAUGCAGCAGCUGGAGCACGGUGGCCUGCAGUCCGGACCUGUAAACAACAUGGUACUGCAGCCGGGCCUACCGGGCCAGGAUGGCCAGUCAGCCAACAUGCUCAAAACGGAGCGCCUGGAGGAGUUCCCAGGCAGUUCCUUGGACCUGCCCUCCGCGCCGCCUCUCCCUCCUCUUCCCCCGCCUCAGGGCCCCCCACCCCCGUACCAUGCCCACCCACACCUUCAUCACCCAGAGCUCCUGCCUCACACGCAGCCACUGGCCCUGGCCCAGGCUGGCCUGGAUGAGGAUGGGGAGAUGGAGGACUCAGGGGGCAAGCACUGCUGUCGUUGGAUAGACUGCAGCGCCCUAUAUGACCAGCAGGAGGAACUGGUGAGGCACAUCGAGAAGGUCCACAUAGACCAGCGCAAGGGGGAAGACUUCACCUGCUUCUGGACUGGCUGCCCCAGAAGGUACAAGCCCUUCAACGCCCGCUAUAAACUGCUGAUCCACAUGAGGGUCCACUCUGGGGAGAAGCCCAACAAGUGUACGUUUGAAGGCUGCAAGAAGGCCUUUUCAAGACUUGAGAACCUCAAGAUUCACUUGCGGAGCCACACGGGCGAGAAGCCAUACCUGUGCCAGCACCCGGGCUGCCAGAAGGCCUUCAGCAACUCCAGUGACCGCGCCAAGCACCAGAGGACACAUCUUGACACUAAACCUUAUGCUUGUCAAAUUCCAGGAUGUGCAAAACGCUACACAGACCCAAGCUCCCUAAGAAAGCAUGUGAAGGCGCAUUCUUCCAAAGAGCAACAAGCAAGGAAAAAGCUGCGGUCUAGCACUGAGCUCCAUCCAGAUCUCCUCACGGACUGUCUCGCUGUGCAGCCCCUGCAGCCAGCCACUUCCCCCAGAGAUGCUGCUGCUGAUGGCGCCGUGGGAUGCUCCCCAGGGCCAGCGCCUGGGCCGGAACUCUAUCCAGCUCCCAUUUUCUCCAGCAAUCACUCAAGCCGAAAUGGAACAGCUGCUGGGGCCGUGCCACCCCCACAUCCUGUCAGUCACCCCUCGCCGGGACAUAAUGUACAGGGGAGCCCCCACAACCCCUCCUCCCAGUUACCUCCGCUCACAGCUGUGGACGCAGGCACUGAGAGGUUUGCACCUCCGGCUCCAUCUCCUCACCACAUCAGCCCAGGAAGAGUUCCAGCUCCUCAGUCACUGCUGCAGAGGACACAGUCUGCCCACACCCAGCAGCCACCAGGCUCCCUCCUGAAGUCCUACCAGCCAGAAACAAACUCUGCUUUUCAGUCAAAUGGUAUCCACGUCCAUGGAUUUUAUGGCCAGCUGCAGACAUUCUGCCCCCCGCAUUACCCUGAUUCCCAGAGAACUGUGCCACCCAGCAGCUCCUGCAGUAUGGUGCCUUCCUUUGAGGACUGCCUGGUCCCCACGUCCAUGGGUCAGGCUGGCUUUGAUGUUUUCCAUAGAGCCUUCUCAACACACUCAGGCAUUACAGUGUACGAUUUGCCUUCAGCUUCUUCAAGCCUCUUUGGGGAAGCUCUUCGCAGUGGCCCCGAAGAUCCCACAUUCUUGCAGCUCAGCGCCGUGGACCGUUGUCCUAGCCAGCUCUCCUCUGUGUAUACUGAAGGCUGAAGGCUCCCCGGGUCUCCCCUGCACAUCCAGGACCUUUGAGUCACCUCUCAUCUUCAUACUCUGACAAGCAGUGUGAGGAUGCCAACCAAAUCUGUGGAGCCAGUGCGGUCACCAGGUCUUUGGAAGGCAGGACUGGAUGGUCAUCGGAUCUGGCUUUUUGGGAAAGCUUGCACCUCUUCCGUUUUCCCUCAAUUGGCUGGGCCAGGUGACAUGCAGGAAUUUCUUUUCAAAGGGAAUUUAGAGUCUCACUUUAAAGAUACCUGUUCCUUCCUGGCUGUCAGCUCUCAAAAGACACCAAUGAAUGUGCACAUGAAUGGGAUGACCCUUACUCAAGACUUAAGGGGAAGACUGUCCAGUUACCAGAGGCAGAAUGUGCUGUCUCGCCCAUGUUUUCCCUCAUGGCUGAGUGAUGCACAGCCAUAAACAGUGUGGGAAAUCCAUGUCCAAAGCAGGUGUGGCUUGGACUCUCUCAGACUCUGGCUUUAACAUUUGUCUUGCAUAGACCAUGCUAACUAUUGCUUCUCCAUUGAUGAUCCUCCAAUGGCAAGAUAAGGUUUUAUAUUUGGCAACUUACUUUGUUUUUGAACUUCAAAGACUUGCUUUUUACAUCUACUUUUAAAGGAAACGUAUUUAAAGGUUUGUUCUUUUGGUAUAAGUCAUUACCGUUUUAAUCACCCCAGCUACAUGUAUUUUACCCCAGCUGGAGCUCUUUCUGGCCUAAUUUUGCAGUGUAGCAAAGGUUAUCUGAGGGAAACAGAAUAGUACACACACACACACACACACACCUCUCCCUGCCUCCCUCCAGGAUUGUUGCAAAAACCCUUCAGUCCUGUGUAUGGUGGUAUAUACCUCUAACCCCAGCACUUGGAAGGCAUUCUGAGUUUGAAAUGAGCCUGGUCUACACAGUGAGUUCCAGAUCAGCCAGGGCUAUAUAUUGAGACCAUCUUAAAAAAAUAAUCACUCUCCUGUAUUGAUGUCUCAGUGACUCCAGCUUGAAAAAUGUUUCAUUUGAAUGGUUCAUAUAUUGGCUCAGCUCUGGUUGUGUGCCCAGGAUAGACUGGGAACCAUGAGAGAUGGGACGCAUUGAGUCAUGUAUGUAGCUUUGUUCAGGAAACCAAACCAAGGGCACCUGUUGUCCGGUUACUCUGUGUGCCUUCUGCCUGGUUCCUUACAGGGAUCCCCUCAUCUGUCUGUCUCCUCUGCUCCCCUCCCCAUUUUCCUGUUUCCCCAUCCUUUCUUCCUCCUUCCAAACAGUGUUUCACACAUACCAACUAUUCACCAAAUCCUAGCAACUCUUGGGAAGGUUCACAGAAGGUAGGCUCAAGAAAGCAGCUUUUUGGAACUCUGCUUUGAAGGCCUGGAAUUUUUCAAAAAGCACACAGCCAUUUUAUGUUAAGUCUAAACAAGACAUCAUUUUCUGGUGAUAUUUUUAGAAGGGUACUUAAAAAGAUGCUCUGUCCUAGGGCAAAGGCUAUACAAAUAAGCCAAACUCCAAAAAGCUAGUCAAUUCCAACAAUCUAGUUCGCUCACAUUUCAGGAUUUUUUUUUCUCCUUAAAAAAUGCUUUUUUAGCAGAACUGAAGCUGAGUGCUUUCUGAAACUGAAGUCACUGUGACCUUAAAUAGCUUGGUGUCUGAGGGUCAUGAGACUGCUUAUACCCUAAUACAGACCUGUGAGUCUGGCCCCAAGUCAGAAGAGUUCCACCUCAUCCCCUGCUUCAUUCCAGGAUGCCACUGAAUGGGGAAGAUACAGAAUCCAGUGUGGGUUCAGUCUCACAGCACUCGGUCUGGUGCUGCUGAAGAGGCCAUGUUCUUGAGGGGAACUAUUGCGUAGACGUCUAAGUCACAAGACUUUGAAUUCUAGGUCUUCUGAGCUUUAAGGAAGGAAGCUCAUCGGCCUUCCUCCCCAGGUGAGCUCUCACGCUGCUGGACACUACCGCCCUUGUAGACCUGGGGGUCAUUAGACUUGGGCUGAUCCUGAACACAUACAUGUCAACACACUGGCUUAUUUGAUAGUGACCCUCAUUUGACCCCUGUCACCCUCUAAAAAGAAAAGGAGACCCCACUCUCAAGAGCAGCAUAUAUCAGUUCCUAAACCCUCAAGCUUUUACAAGACACUCCAAGCACAUUUCAUUUGGGUGAUAAGGAAAGAAGAGGGGAAAGGUAGUUGAUUGACCUUAUGGAGUUCUAGAAGGAGGAGGAGAGUCAUAGAAGGGAAUAGAAACACAGGACCAUGUAUGACAUCUCUCCCUGUGGUGGAGACGUCAGGCUUACGAACCAGGCUCUGGACUCAUGGUGGCGCUGUUCCUUUCCUGAAUCACCUAGGAGGACCUGGUGUCAUCAAGUCCUUAUUACUAGACCAUACAUCCCAGCCCCAGCCCCAGCCCCAGCCCCACAGCCUGCCCCAGAAGGACAGGUCCAGUGCGGCCCCUCCCCCACCAAAGGCCCUGAGUGUAUUCCUGACAGACACUGGUCUGGGGGCCAGGGCCUCGUGACAUGGCACGUUCAGGGUCCUUCAGAGUGUACAAGCUGUCUAUCCUUGGGUUCUGGAAUUUCUCCUUAGCUUAAAAUAUGCCCCUUUCUUACUGUGGCCUACAUAGUUCCAUCAGUAUUUUUAAGCAGUGAAAAAUAGAGCUUAAAAAACAUAAAUUAUUCCCUUCCAUUCCUAGGCCUUUCUAGCCCUGAUGGGUAGCCAUUUUCAUAAACAUCCAAAUGGAAAUUGUCAUUCCCCUUUAAAAACAAAAACACAACAACAAUAAAAACUAGUGCUUAUGAAAACAUGCGUAGCACAAAUCCAAUUAUCCUAUUACAUAGAAAAGAUGAGCAUGCCUAGAGACAUUUCGUUGCUCCAUCCAUUGCCGUAGCUCCCUAAAGGGACAGCAAUCAAAGUGGCACUUGUAAUUGACCCUCUGAUCAGCACUUAAACACUGGGUAAGAAUUCCAUGGCCCCGUGAAGCAUAGUCCCUUACGUGGAUCCACAUCCCAUGGCCCAGGUGGAAAAUGGCAUGUGUGGCGGACCACAGCAUGAAAUCCCUGGGUAGUGUUGGUUAUGUUCAGGCCUAAAGUGACCACCUGGCAACUGCCCUAGUUCACUACUGCAAGCUUAAAAACAUCUCCCCGUCACAGAACUCUCAGCCCUCCUCAGCCCUGAUUGCCUGGAAGUAUUGACCAUAGCCUCCAAUAAGGUUCAGUUUUGUUAUUUGGUGUUUGAUUUGAUUUGACUGUUCAGACCAAUGUUGUUAUUGCUGUGGAUAAAGUAACAGGGAAAGAGAAAAACCAAACUCAUUGGACAAAAUGGUGAGUGUAGAAAUGAAGAGAUUUAUUUUGUACAGACAGAGAAGCGUCCUCUGUAAUGUUGCUGACAUAAAGCACUUUGGGGGAAAAAGUGGAAAUCUGUUUUCCAUAAAUCUCGCAGGCCCAUGUACAUUGUUCUAUAUACUCACGUAGAGAACCGAGCUGCAUAUAUCAUCCUGGAUAUGGGCCUGUUUGAUGGUAGGGCACAUCUGGUGCUUGUUCUCGUAAAUCUUUUAAGGAAUUAGGUACACUUUUUUCUAUUAAUAUGUAUAGUUUUGCGAUUUGUCACAGUUAUGUUUCAUAUAAUCAUAAGUUAUUUUGUCUUGUUUCAUGAAGUCCUUUUUUUAUGUCAAAAGUAAAAUGAAGGGAUUGUGUACUUGGCACAGAAUAAAACUGGAAAUCGA